UUCGCUCAUGUUGGCUCGUUUCGUGUCCCGUGGCCUGAGCCGCCGCUUCGAGGCCGCGUCGACGGUCCCUCUCCGCGCCUUCUCCCGCGCCGUCGGCGACGACGACGACGACGACGAGGGUCGCCGCAAGAAGAAGGCGGACGACGACCUUGGCCUGGACCUCGAGGAGAUCGAGGCGCCCAAGAAGAAGUCGGAUGGGCUCGAGGACUUUGACGAGGACGAGCCGCUCGAGCCGCCGCCGCUCUAUGGCCGCUGGAAGGAGACGACCAAGCCGUUCCGCCAGCUCGCGCCGGCGGCCGCGCGCAAACACAGAUACCAGGCGAUCGCGCCCAAGAACAUGGCGCUGGCCCGUCGCCGCCUCUUGGACGAAUUCGGCGCGCGCUCCAUGUCGUUUGACGACCCGCAGUUUGUCUAUGACGAUUCGCUCCGCCCCGACAUGGGUCUCCUCUACGAGAAGGACGAGCUCGACAUGCUCGCCAACGACACGGAAGAGCUCAACUUUGACGAAGACGAGGUGCUCGACCUCGAGUCGAAGGGCUUGGUGCGCCAGAUUAUUUACGUCGACACGGUCCAGAAGCCGGUGACGCAAGGCAACAUCUUGACGUUCCGUGCGCUCGUCUGCGUCGGCAACCAGGAAGGUGCGGCGGGCUACGCGGUGGGCCGCGGCGGCAAGAUCCACGAGGCCAUUGAGCGCGCGACGCUCCGUGCGAUGGACACGAUGGUGUACAUCGACCGCUUCGACGACCGUACGCUCUUCCACGAAGUCCGCGGCAAGUUCAACAGCUGCUCGCUCUUCAUCCGCCCGUCCAAGUUUGGUAUGGGCUCGACGGUCAGCGACACGGUCGGCUGCGCGCUCUACUGCUUUGGCAUCACGGACGUCGUCUCCAAGUGCUACGGCCAGCGCAACCCGUAUACGGUCAUCAAGGCGACGUUUGACGCGCUCGCCAAGCACGAGACGGCCGAGGAGGUGGCCAUGAAGACGGGCCACUCGGUCUACGAGAUCACCAACCUCGCCAAGCACGGCAAGAUGUAAAUGGAACAACAUCGUCGCCCUAGAUACUAGACUACCGAAGAAGAAGAAAAUACAACUUGUUUUUAACAACAA